UAUUUUGUCAUUGUCAUUUGUAUUGUAAAGGUGUUAAUGAAAAUAUUUUCAUUUAUUUUGCUAAAGCUGCAGUGUUCUUUUGAAAGAGAUCAAAAUGAGUUUCGACUUGGCAAACAAUGGCAACGAUAAAGAGGACCGAAAAUAUUACGAUCGCAAUAAAGGGGACGACUUGCAAAUCUCUAGAACAGAUAUGAAUAUGUUGAUAAUGAACUAUCUGGUAACAGAGGGUUUCAAAGAGGCAGCUUUAAAGUUCCAACAAGAGGCAGGCUUGCAAGAGCCUGCGCUGUGCAGCUCACUUGAUGAGAGGAUCAUGAUCCGUGAAGCUGUACAGACUGGACGGAUUCCAGAUGCUAUAGCUAUGGUCAAUGCUCUACAUCCAGAGUUGUUGGACAAUGACAGAUAUUUAUAUUUCCAUUUACAGCAACUACAACUCCUAGAGCUGAUCCGCGGCGGACGAGCCGAAGAAGCUCUGGCAUUCGCUAGCGCGACUCUCGCCGAGGCCGGCGCUAACGACCCCAACGCUCUGACUGAGCUGGAGAGAUCUCUCGCUCUGCUCGCCUUCCCUGACCCCCACGCGUCUCCCUUCGCUGAUCUGUUGCUACCUUCACAUAGUCAAAAGAUUGCUAGCGAACUCAACGCCGCGAUUUUAAAAAUGGAGAACCAAGAGUACACAAAUCCUAAGCUGUGCAGUCUUCUGCGGAUGAUCCUGUGGUCGCAGAACGAGCUCGACAAACACAACAUCAAGUACCCCAAGAUGACAGAUCUCGCGAAUGCAACCAUAGAGAAGCCAAAGCAUGGCCGGAGACUGUGAUCUGCUGCUUCCACCGCCGAUGACCACGACGGAAUAAAACAGGACAAUCAAACUGUAAGACAUAGACAACUAGCAUUUUUUUAACAAUCAACAUUUGGAUACAUCUUGUUUUACGGGUCAACAAAA